GAUGAGGAAACAGAGGCGCAUAGAGACUGAAUGACUUGCUGAAGAUCACACAGCUAAUAAGUGCAAAACCAGAAUCGGAACUUGGCCCCCAGGAUGGAAACUGACUAUCUGAAGAAGUGCUUUGGAGACUGCCUGACCCAGGCACUGGCAGAGGUGGCGAAAGUUCGGCCCAGUGACCCUAUAGAAUACUUGGCUCACUGGCUUUAUCAUUAUAGAAAAACAGCUAAAGCUAAAGAAGAGAAUAGGCAAGAGAAGAACCAGCUGAAGGAGGAAUAUGACAGUUGCCUCAAGGAAAUAGAAAUGACAGAAAUGCUGAAACAAGAAGAGUGUCAGAUUCAACAGAAGUGUGAAAAGUGUCACGAAGAACUGAUUUCCAAAACUGUUUCCACAAAUAAGAUCAUAUUUAUGCAGGAGGACAUGAAACCCCUUGAGAAGGAGAACUUGAAGCAGGAAUCCCUGCCAGGUACUUCCAAUAUGAUUCCAGGAAUCCUUCAGCAGGUUCCUCCUUCAGAAUCCACUGGCCAGACUAACUGGAAGUUCAGAACUCCUCAAGAAAACAAUUACAAGGAGACUUUUCAGCAUGAAGUUGCUCAUGAAAUGCCUCCUGGUUCCAAAUCCCCUUUCUAAGUUAUCAGAAGGUAAAUGAUUCUAAUAGCCUUUCCUCAAAACUGGAAAAUAACCCUCUGAAAGAUCUCUGGUUUAAAGUCCUGUUCUGAUAGCGAUGAAAAUCUCUUAAUCAUGUGAAGAUUUGAACUAGUUAUAGGAUAAAAUAAAGUCAGAAUAAGGAUUUAAAAUAGGUAAUGUAACAGAUGAGACUUUUUCCUCUUCUGUCAUUUUUUUGGAGACUGCACAGUAAAAACAUCCAUAUUGCAUGUUCAUGUCCUAACUUUAGUUGUACUUUUCAAUAAAGCCUCUCAGGGUAUUUCUUAGACAUA